GACCCGCGCACAGUUGAUCCAAAUGCACAACGGAGAUUACACGGCAGUUGACCAGUUGAUCUCCCGGAAGCGUGCUGCCGGUCAUUUCCGAGAACAUCCGGAUUUCCCCGGCAAUCCGGAUUACGUGCUCUACUACGUGACCAUCGACCUCUCCCACUCCCACAUCGAGGAGUCCGAAGAUCGAAUGCAGAUCCAGCUGUCCGGAGGGGCUUCCUCGAGCUCUGACGCAGCGCGUGCGCUUGGUGCAGGUGCAGAUACGUUGUUUGCUGGCUCGUCUAUGCAGCCUGGUGUUCCAGCGGUUAUGCCGGAGAGCAGUGCAGGGAAGGGCGCCGGGAAGGGUGGCAAGGGUAAAGGGGGAG